UCCGGGCGUCUUCCAGCCCGCGCCGGCUCGCCCCGGCGGCCCCCCGCCUCCCGGCCCGCGACCCUUCCUCCGCAGCUCGGCGCGGCGGCCAUGGCGAGGCCUCGGCGGCGGGAGGCCGGCGUCGGGGCCCGCGGCGCGCUGGCGCUGCUGGUCCUGGCCGUGUGCUCGCCGGGCACCAGGAGCCGGGAGCUCGAGUGGUACUCGGCGGUGGUGCGCACCGAGUACGUGGACCCGCACACGAACCUGACGGUGCGGAGCGUGUCGGAGAGCGGCCGCUUCGGCGACAGCUCGCCCAAGGAGGGCGCGCAGGGCCUGGUGGGCGUCCCGCGCACGCCGGCCGGGGACCUGGAGGGGUGCGCGCCGGACACGCGCUUCGGGCCGGCCGCCGGGGACCGCGGCACCGCGCCCUGGGUGGCCCUGGUGGCGCGCGGGGGCUGCACCUUCAAGGACAAGGUGCUGGUGGCGGCGCGGAGGAACGCCUCAGCCGUGGUGGUGUACAACAAGGAGCUCUACGGGAACCUGACGGCGCCCAUGUCCCACGCGGGAACAGGAAAUAUAGUGGUCAUUAUGAUUAGUUACCCAAAAGGAAGAGAAAUUUUGGAUCUGGUGCAAAAAGGAAUUCCAGUCACAAUGACGAUCGGGAUUGGCAUGCGCCACGUGCAGGAGUUCAUCAACAGUCAGUCUGUGGUGUUUGUGGCCAUCGCCUUUAUCACCAUGAUGAUCAUCUCCUUGGCCUGGCUCAUAUUCUACUACAUACAGCGCUUCCUGUACACGGGCUCACAGUUUGGAAGGCAGAGUCAUAGAAAGGAGACAAAGAAAGUAAUCGGCCAGCUUCCGCUUCACACUGUAAAACACACGGAGAAGGGAAUUGACGUUGAUCCUGAAAAUUGUGCAGUGUGUAUUGAAAAUUUUAAAGUAAAGGAUAUUAUCAGAAUACUGCCAUGCAAGCAUAUUUUUCAUAGAAUAUGCAUUGACCCAUGGCUUUUGGAUCACCGAACGUGUCCAAUGUGUAAACUUGAUGUCAUCAAAGCCCUGGGAUAUUGGGGGGAGCCUGAGGCUGUGCAGGAGCUGCCUGCUCCCGAGGCCACCCCAGGAAGCAUUUCUCCGGUGACUCUGCAUGUGAGUCUGCAAGACGAGGAUGACAGAAGUCACCCGGGCAGCUUGCUGUCAGCAUCCACAAGCGAAGCUGUGCCACAGGACCCUGCCGGCUUGAAGGAGGACGCAGAAGAAAGCACAGCAUUGCUCGACACUGGCAGGAGUGACCCGCAGCACGCAGGACCUGACUCUUAGCACAUGUUCGUGCUCACAGCGUCUCGGACACCUUGGGCUUGAACUAAAGGACAUUUUUAUUUUUUUUUAAGCACAUAGUUUGUAUACUUGAAAGCAAUGUCCAUUAUUCUACCUUCAGGUUCUGAUUUAAUAUGUGAAAGGCUAAGAUAUUUUAUUCUUACAGAGGUUUUUGAUUAGUCUUUAUAUUUAUCUACUAAAAUAGCAUUCAGGAUAACUGUGCUUUCAGGUUGUCGCAAAGAUGACACCAAGUGAGGCACUCUACUGAAAGGCAGGUGUGCUUCCAAAUAGCUACAUGGUACUAUAGAAACAAGGUAAUCCUAUUUCUUAGGUUUUUAAAGUCAGAACACACAGAUUUGUUUAGAUAAUUGAGAUAGAAUUGUUUAAUUCAGUAAUUGGUCAUCUGGGCUUUCCCUGGUGGAAAGACAUUUUAGGAAAUUUCCAGUUAGGAGAUGAGAAAUCUGCAGCCUUCUUGCUCUUCUGUUUGUACAUAGAGAUUUCAGACCUGGGACACCUUUUCCUUGUUUGGAAUUAGAGAGCAGCACUAAAGGACUUUGGGCUUUACAUUUUUUCCCUUUUAUUGCAUUCUUUCUUAUGACACUUUUGGGAAAAUUUGUCCAGUGUUUCCUAUAAAUAAAACUAAAAUUCCUUACUGCACAUGAGCAUUAAGUUCUUCAUGGCCUUGUUUGUGAAAUGAAGUAGGCAUAUCCUACUUUUUUCAAUGAUAUAAUAUAUUGAUUUCAAUUAUAAUUUGAUCUUCACCUUUAAGUGUGACAUGGGACAGUUUUAUUAGAGAGAGGCAGAGAAACAAACCCAGGACACAGAUGGCACAGCUUCCGUCCACUCCCCACAUGGCUGUAGAGACCUUGCUGGCCAGAACCAGGAGCUGGAAAUUCAACCCAGGUCUUCCACCAGUGUCACAGGGACACCGCUACUUGAGCCGUCACUGUUGCAUUCUAGAAUGGACUUUAGCACGAACCUGGAAACAGGGCAGACCUGUGACUGAAGCUGACCCUUCGAUACGGGGAAUGGGCAUCCCAAACAGGGUCCUAACCACUGUAUCAAAUGCCUGCUGCUGGGUGUUUCAGCAGACACCCAGCCGGCUCCUGCUGCUGGGUCAGAGAAGCAGAGGAAUGUGCAGCUUGCGGGCCUGCUGGGAACGUGAUGACGUAAGGCUCACUUGCGUUCCUUUGCAGGUGAAGUCGGAGCUGAGGCAUUCGUUCCUGGUUCCUUCUGAACGGAUUACUGUGUGUUUUGUAAACAAGAAUAAAUGUUUAUUGACAAGCUUAAUUUUUUUAAAUUGUAAAAAAUUUAUCCUGUAGCCUUGACUAGGAUAAAGGGUGUAUAAAACUUGAUUUUUUAUUCUUCAUCUCUAUCUGAAAUGAGUAAACAGUUUUGCCAGAAUAAACUGUGUGAUUAGAGUCAAUGAGAAAUUUCAGAAAUAGGAAAUGUGUCUUGCCUUGAGCUUCACAGUAGGUUUCCAUAAUAACAGCUGUAUUUGAAAUCUGCCCUGUGCUCUCAGAAUGUCCAUCUUGGUUAGGGGAAGUGUCUUAACUAAUGUGGAGGGGUGAUUCCUUAAUCAGUUGUCAAACUCCACUUCCUGUGCACUCUGGUCACACAGUUUAUUCUGGCAAACUCUGCUUCCUUUAAAUAAAAGGUAAGAGGCUGGAAUCACUGUCAUCUUCCCUCUAGAAACAGUAGUCUAAUGAAGUCAGAGAGCUCCUGCUUUGACGUUUUUUAACUUGGAGAUCAGCAGUGGUGGUGAGGCUCGCUGCGGAUCCCUGCCUCCUGGCGUCUUCCGUCGAGUGGACAUCCAGCAGCAAACCAGAGCGUCAAGAACCGGGAAGAUGGGACACACGGGCAGGUAAUCAUUUCCUUGUGCAUGCUGUUUUUUAGAGAUCUUGAAUAUACAGCCUUU